GCAGCUCCAUCUUUGCCAGUUGUUGGCGGGAGGGGGAGAUGAUGAGGGCGUGGAAGUGCGCCGCGCGCACCGAACAUCAUAACAUUCUUGGGAGAAGGAGCAGUCAGUCUACAAUUACUCCGCUCGCUCUGCCGGUAGUAACCGGACCCUGCGACGUCCUCCUCCGGAGCCGGGAGAAAGUUGGGGAGGGAAAAGGGGAGGAGAGGAAUUAUUGGGGAAGGGAAUGUGUUUUUCUUUCCUCUGAGGUUCGGCUAGGAACCCCUACGCCCAUCAGCAUCAGGGGAAUUUAACAGUUCGACUCGCAUUGGUUUGAGGUUUAGAAUUUCUACCUAGCUUGAACAAUACGAGCUGAACCUCGGAGCACGGACGGUACCACAUCUUUAGAUAACUUUGACGUUCCCCACCAGCCCCGUGGCAUCUACAUUCCUGGGUGGCACGGUGUUUAGCUGUCUUUGUGUGAUUUCGCCUUUCAUGGAAACGACGGACUCGGACCCCACGGUCACCACGGAAUAGCGGCGGCAGCAUCCGGAGCGCACGCAAAAUUUCAAGGCAAAUUUACACAACCCUUUCUCAUGUGGCGAGUGGGCAGCGAUUGACCCUGGGAUUUAUUCGCGAUGGCCGCUUCGGGCGGACCGAAGAGCGAGAAGUUGGACGAAGCGCAAGCUCUGGCUCGGAGCUGCGCCGGCAGACCGGACUUUCUUCCCUGCGACGGGCUGUCCAUAUGCGCCACGCACAGUCACGGAAAGUGCUUCAAGCUGCACUGGUGCUGUCACUUGGGAUGGUGUCAUUGUAAAUACGUGUACCAGCCCAUGACCACAGUGGUCCAGCUGCCCAGCACCCCAGUGCCUGCGACCCCGUCUGGGCACGCUCAGACCGUCAACCUGUCCAUGUCACUGGCGGAGCGCUUCCUGCGCAACGCGCCCGCCUUCCGCGCCCCGCCGUGCCUCGACUCGCCCAAGUUCUGCGUCAUCUCCGACCUGUUCGUCGACGACUACGUGGUGAAGCGCAUCAACGGCAAGAUGUGCUACGUGCAGCGAGCGCCAGCGACUCCCACCUCGCAGCCCCCACCACCUCCUCAUCCUCAGCCACAAGCCGCUCCUCCUCCUUCUUCCUCCUCUGCCUCCUCCUCCCCUUCCCAGAAUCCCUCACUUCCCCCGCAGCCCCUCCACCACCGAGCGCCAAAGCAGGUGACCCCACAGAGGGAGCGUCCCGGAACCAAACACCACAACCACCAACACCACCACCACCACCACCACCACCACCACACGGGGGACAAGUGCAAGCCUGCCACUGUGGUGGUGGGCCCCAAGAUGGACCACUGCUCCUCGCCCUCCAGCUCCGAGGACUCUGGCAUCAACGCCCUGGGUGUGCACUACAUGGAGUCGUGUGACGAGGACUCCUGUGAAGACGACGAGGAUGACGAUGAGGACGACGACGACGAUGAGGAUGAUGAUGACGAAGACGAGCUGAGUAGCGACGGGGGCGACUCCAGCCCCACCAGCCUGUGGGAACAAGAUGGCUGCACGCUCCUCUCGCCCUCCAAGUCCAUCGUGGAGAUCAUCGAGAAGAUCGAGACGACUGUUUGACGACCCGUGUUAUUGCCCCCACCCCCUUCACAAAGCACAUACGUACAUCCGAGAUGGGCAACCUGGAUUCAUUAGUUCCACAUAUUCCAAAUGACCUGGCUUUACACUCUCAGAAAUAAAGGUACAGAAUUCGUCGCUGUGGCAGUACCCUCAAGGGGAGUACCAUUGCGUCGCUUGAUUGGUACCCCAAAAAAGAGGUGCGUUCAGUUUCUUGCAAUGUCGACCGAUGUGCAUCUGUCACCUCUUUUUUGAGGUAC